AACUUUUUCAUUCAUUAGAUCUCGCCGCUGUCACCAUCCGUGCAAUUGCCGGUCACUUUGCUGCCGCGAAAUUUUUUGAUCUCCGAUCAGAGAUUGUACGGCGCAUAAAGCUCUAAUCCAUUCAUCAGAGAGAAAUACAUAUUGUCCACUGUCACUCUUGCCUCUGUUGUUGACUCAUCAAUGCCUUGUUGAUAGCAAGAAUAUCGUUUCUGGUGUCAGGAGAUUGACUUGAUAAAGGAUUUGAAACGGUAGACAAUGAACCAUUGGGGAAAAAAGAAGCACAUUGCCUAUUUCUUCCCCCCUGUAAAGCAGUCUUUCCAGAACAAGGGCUUUUGGAUGGCUAAGGGUGCUGGUUGUGUUACUGAUGGUGAGAUGGCAUACGAUAAUCCUUCGAGAAUUGAGCCAAAGCGUUCACAUCAGUGGUUCAUGGAUGGUACGGAGGAGCUAUUUCCAAACAAGAAGCAAGCAGUAGAAGUUCCUAACAGCAACUUGUUUCCAGGACUUUCAAAUCCAAACGUUUCUCCGUGGGCAAAUGCUUCUGGUUUUCACUCAGUCUCAGGUCAUUUCACUGAACGGUUAUUUGACCCUGAAGCAGCAAGAACUGUCAAUUUUGAUGACAGGAACAUUCCAUCAGUUGGUGCAGGAAAUAUGAACAUGGCAAGAAAAGUUAUUGAGGAUCCUUUUGGGAAUGAAUCCUUAUUUGGUUUAUCUAUGUCUCAUUCACUGGAAGAUCCUAGAUCAGGUCUUAAUUAUGGUGGGAUCAGGAAAGUUAAAGUCAGUCAAGUGAAGGACUCUGAGAAUAUUAUGUCUGUAUCAAUGGGACAUGCCUAUACUAGGGCGGAUAACAAUACCAUGUCAAUGGCUCAUGCAUACAACAAGGGAGAUGGCAAUUCAAUAUCAAUGGGUCUUACUUAUAACAAAGGGGAUGAUAACAUCCUAUCAAUAAGUGACAGUUAUGGCAGGGAAGACAACAAUUUCAUAUCAAUGGGCCAAGCUUAUAACAAGGGGGAUGAAAAUAUAGCGAUGAGCCAUACCUACAAGGUGAAUAAUAAUACCAUAUCUAUGGGUGACGCAUUCGGAAAGAGUGAUGACAAUGUCAUAUCUAUGGGUCAAACAUACAAGGGGGAUGAUAAUACCAUAUCAAUGGGUCAAACGUUCAACAAGGCUGAUAACAGUAUAAUGUCCAUGGGUCAUACCUACGAUAAGGGGGGUGACAAUACGAUUUCAAUGGGUCACACAUUCAGCAAAGGAGACAACAAUAUCAUAUCUAUGGGUCAAACCUACAACAAGGGGGAUGACAAUACCAUAUCAAUGGGGCACAUCUAUAAUAAAGGAGAUGAGAAUACCAUAUCAAUGGGUCACACCUACAAGGGUGAUAAUAGUAAUUUGUCUAUUGGUCAUUCUUAUAACAAGGGAGAGAGUAAUAUAAUAUCUUUUGGUGGUUUCCAUGAUGAUGAUGAUGAUACAAAUCCCUCUGGGAGGCUUGUAUGCAGUUAUGACUUGUUGAUGGGUCAGCCAUCAGUUCAAAGGUCUGAGGCAUUAAAUGAGAAAAAAUUGGUCGAGUCAAAUGCUGAUGCACUCAUAAGUACUGCUCAGAUAACUGCCUCCGGAUCUGAGACUGUUUCAAAGAAGAAAGAAGAGCAAAAACUGUCUAAGAAGGUUCCUCCAAAUAACUUCCCUUCAAAUGUCAGAAGUUUGCUAUCCACUGGUAUGCUGGAUGGAGUUCCAGUGAAGUACAUUGCCUGGUCACGGGAGAAGGAACUCCGAGGUAUUAUAAGAGGUUCUGGAUAUCUCUGUGGUUGUCAGUCAUGCAAUUUGUCUAAGGUAAUUAAUGCUUACGAGUUUGAGCGACAUGCUGGUUGCAAGACAAAACACCCCAACAAUCACAUAUACUUUGAGAAUGGAAAGACUAUCUAUGGGAUUGUCCAAGAGCUUAAAAGCACCCCACAGAAUUCGUUGUUUGAUGUUAUUCAGACAAUUACUGGUUCACCUAUUAACCAGAAGUCCUUCCGUCUUUGGAAAGAAUCCUUUCUGGCUGCAACUCGUGAACUUCAGCGUAUAUAUGGAAAAGAAGAAGGGAAGCAAUUGUCAUGAAGAAGCUUUGUUUAAAUUGUAAGAAUUGGAUGAUAAGGGAUCAUUUAUUUGAGCCUGCACUGCAUGUACAGCUGUGAUGUUCUAGUGUUCGAACCCAGACAGAGAUGAGCCUGUGCCUGAACCUGGGCCAGUCCCAUGUGAGCUCUUUUUUGUCCAGCCCCUGCAAAAUCCUAUGUAAGUUUUUUUAUGUUGACAGAAGAAGUCAGUGACUGUAAAUUAAGGACAGAGAUAAGUUUUUGCUUAAUGUGUCUUCUGAUUGAAUAAUAUAAACCCUGCCUCUUUUACUUGUUUUCUUUAAAUUAUGGUGAUUACACUUGGGGCCUAACCUGCGGUCAAAGCUAAUAUAUACAACAGUGAAGGCACCACUUAAAACUUAAAAACUUUCAUGGUUUGUUGUCUUGUGCUUUUUCUACAAUGAUACAAGGCACUAGACUCCCCACCAUCAAUUAUGGAAAUCUCUUUAGUAGGAUGUGUAUAGCACUUACGCCACAGUCAAGGCUGGCCCAGCCACCCACAUUACAAAGUGUGAGUUGCAGGUGAUGCAUAUGGUGAUCGCAAUUGAAGGCAUUUGCAGAUUGGUUUUGAAUGCUUUAUAGGCCGCUGGGAUUUUAUGCUGUAUGAAUAUGGAAUAAGACCCGCUUUCGGCAAGUUGUUUUAAAGCAGGCACCCAAUGAUGUGCCCCGAUGUUCUGCUUGGUCAGCUAUUAUGUUGAUUAUUGUGGUUUUCUUGAUGUGAUAACUGAUAUGAAGGGAGAAGUAGACUCCAACCUACCUGCAUUAUGACUUAAUAGUGAAUGCUUAUUUGUUUCUACCACUAGUCCUUCAAUUCCAAUAUAAGAUAAUUACUUGUCUUGUUGGGACAGCUUGGUUCAUUUUUCCCACUGCUUUGUCAUGCCCUCUGAAUUGCAAUGGCUUUUGUGACAAACCUUAGCAACACGCCAACGACUACAGAGCCUUGUCAUACUUUCCAAUAAUUGCAACGGCUUUAUGACUUGGCUUUACAAUAAAUACGAAGCUCUCAUGCUCGGUAACUCAUAUGGAAGGGUCAAGUGAAGUCUCUUGAACGAAUCCUGGUCCGUAUCUUAGAAAGUGCUACUUGUGAUUUGAGUGAAUUGAGCACCAUAUGUGGCAUGGGUGCCUUUGAAAAUAAUGAUGUUGUACUUAUUUUCUUUUUGAAAGUGAGAGUCCAUGAGUCGUAUUUGCAGUAUGUCGUCAUAACGAGUCAUUUUUGCAGGCGCUGUCCCCAACUAAAUUGCCACCCGAAAACAACCAUCAAAAUUUACCUGUACUUUCGUGAUUUUAUAAUGUAAUCUGCGCUGCCUUUGCGUUUUAUA